AUGGAUAAAUUACAACCAUAUCUCACAAAGGCUUAAGACCUCUACAAGAAAUUCUAUGAAAAGAGAGGAAAGAAAGGAUUAGUGCAAGCAGCAGCUCUAGGUUUGGGAUUGUUGUUCCUUCAAUAUUAAGUACGAAAAUAUAAUGGAUGGUUAAAGAAGAAGAGUGUGGCUAAUUAACAUAUCUUCAUUACAGGAGGAGCCAGUGGUAUUGGAAGAAACAUGGCAAAAAGAUUUGCUAGAUUAGGAGCUAAAAUAUCAAUUGUUGAUGUGAAUACAACUGCUUUGUAAGAAGUUGUAGAUGCAAUUAAUAAGGAAUUAGGGAAUAAAACUGCAUUUGGAGUUUAUUGUGAUGUUAGUGAUCCAUAAUCUGUGAAAAAUGCAAUUUCAGAAUCCAUUACUUUCCACAAUAGGAGCAUAGAUAUUUUGAUUAAUAAUGCAGGUGUUGUAAGUGGAAGAUAACUUCUCCAAAAUUCAGAAGCUGGUAUUACUAAAACUAUCAAUAUCAAUACAACUGCACAUCAUUGGACAGUGAGAGAAGUUCUAGCAAAUAUGAUGGAAAAUAAUCACGGCCAUAUUGUUACUAUUGCUUCAAUUGCAGGCUUGGUUGGAGUCAGAGGAUUAGUUGAUUAUUGUGCUUCUAAAUUUGGGGCUGUUGGUUUUGAUGAAUCCCUUAGAUUUGAAUUAAGAGCUAAAAAAUCUAAAGUGAGAACUACUUGUAUUUGUCCCUAUUUCAUCAACACUGGAAUGUUCGAUGGAGCUAAAUCCAGGUUUCCUCUUCUAUUCCCAAUUCUAUCUGAAGAGUAUGCAUCUCAAAGAAUCGUCAAUGCAAUUCUCCAAAAUGAAACUGUUGUUAUUAUGCCUGUUAUUCUUAAUUUUGCUAUUAUGAUAAAGGCAUGCUUUCCAACAUGUGUGUAUGACAAUAUGAUGGAACUAUUUGGAGUCAGUGAAUCAAUGGAUCAUUUUAAAGGUAGAGCAUAAUCAAAAUGA